UAUUUGAACAGGCAGCUUCAUAUCAUUUAGCUAAGGCCUUGACGGAGUGAGCAGUGACCAGAGCCCAAGCCUCAGACACACAGCUAGGCAUUUCAGAAAGAAAUCUGAGAGACGCCCAUCCCACAGAGGAAAGGCUCUGUCCUGAGAAUGGCUGAUCUCCGGAUAUUGGUCAGCAUCAUCCUAAUGGCAAAUGCUGUCCUGGAGAAAGGAGGGUGUACCGGACCUCCAGGGCCGCCAGGACACCCAGGACUUCCAGGUAUAAGAGGGCCUCCAGGUAUAAGAGGAAUACCAGGUUUCCCAGGUCCACCGGGAAUUCCAGGGCCAAGUGUAAAAUGUCCGUGCCACAGAAGGUCCGCCUUCACUGUGAAGCUCAGUGGCCAGCUGCCUUCCCCUUCGAAGCCUGUGCCCUUCACAGAGGUCCUGUACAAUGCCCAGAAAGACUUACAGGAGGACACUGGGGUCUUCACAUGCAGGGUGCCAGGAAAUUACCAUUUCCUCUUCGAUGUGGAUCUCCAUCACUGCAAGGUGACUGUUCAGCUGAUGAGGGACAAAAGUUCUGUCUUAGAAAAGCAUCAGGUCUCCACCAAAGAGCCCAGGAGUCUCUCUGGCAUGUUGACCCUGCUGCUGCACGAAGGCGAGAAGGUGUGGCUGGAAGCAAAAGUGGAAACCGAGAAGCCAGAGCAAGCCCAAGUUACAAUUUAUUUCUCUGGUUUCCUGACAUAGUUCUGGCCUCUUUCUGUAGCAAAAGCAAAUCCCUUAUGAUUCUGCUGUCAAAAGCAAACAAAUAAAUAUGCACUAUAUCUUG